AUGGACAAUAUAAAAGAAGAUGCUAUUCAUCACACAGCAAUGAAAUUGGCGGAAGAAUUAAAAAAUCUGGCUAUAUAUAAAUCAUUUUAUAGUGAUGUUCAAAAAUUAGUUUCGUUGCCAAACGUGAAAAAGGAAGAUUUUAAGCAGACACUACAACAAGCAAUGAAAGAAAAAGGCUUGGAUACAAAACUAAGGAAUACUGUGUUCCAUUGGGUUCGGACACAAAACAAACAAAAUAAACUAGAUCCAUUGACGUCCCUAUCAAAAGCCAGCGCUCAAUGGGAAAAACGAAUCCACAAGUCUUUAAACUCCAUGUGUUCGGAUUUAGAGACGUCGUUAGCUAAAGUGCGGCCACAAAGUGAACAGGAGGAGCUGACUGAGAAGUGGAACGAGCUUAGUACUUAUAACUUAGAUUUAUCAAAAUACAGACCUGUAUAUGCGCCUAAAGAUUUUUUAGAAGUUUUACUAACGUUAUCUGGUUACGUUCCAUACACGAAAGAAGACGAACCCAAAUGGGAAUUUGCUCAUCUACCUCUUCAAGUUAAGAAUUUAGAUCAAUUGCGUAAAAUAUACAUAGAAUGGUCGAACGGAGAACCGUUGUUGGGUGUUAAUCCUAAUAUGCCCAGUUCAGUGCCGGGUUUCCCAACUUUAGAAGCAGAAAGAAUUGGCCUAGGUGAAAGGGUGGCUGCAUUAGGAUAUGCUCCAGUUAUCCAGGAGUAUUUAAAGAAGGGUAGUCCUCAAUGCCUCCGAGCUAAGUUGUGGACACAAGUUCUAGGAGCUGAGAUUUCAUCUCAACAAGUGUCAUAUUUCAACCGAUUGAAAAAGAGCGUAUUAGAAGUCGAUUUGAUGAUCGACAAGUUAAUUUUCAAAGACGUACAGCUGACUGCCUCGAAUGAUGAUCAGUAUUUUGUUUUUGAAGAUUUGUUAUAUCAGGUAAUGCUUUGUUUCUCUCGAGACUGCGAGGUAAUGCAGUAUCUGAAAGGGUGUAUCGGAAACCCACUCAAUGUCACUAUUAAGGGCAAACAGACUUCUGCGGAUAGUGUUACUGUGUUUCCGCCGAGUGGUAUCAUACCUUUUCAUGGUUUUACGAUGUAUGCAACACCGUUUUGUUAUUUGUAUGAUGACCCCAUGCAAUUAUACUUCAUAUUUCGAGCAUUUUACAUCCGUUAUUGGCAUAAACUUCAUUAUAUUUCUACUCAUCCACAGGGUAUAGUGUCGCUAUGCUUAUUAUAUGAAAGAUUGUUGGAAGCAAAUGAACCGCUGCUGUGGAUUCAUUUUAGGAACAUUAAUGUAAAUCCAAUUAGAGUGGUUUUCAAAUGGAUAAUGCGUGCAUUCAGUGGUCAUUUACCGCCGGAUCAACUGUUGUUGCUCUGGGACGCCAUUUUGGGGUACGAUUGUCUUGAAAUACUGCCAUUAUUAGCCGUGGCAAUACUGAGCUUUAGAAAAGAGAAUAUUUUUCAAGUGAACACUUUACAAAAUGUUGACGCGGUUUUAGCGGAUCUGUCGACUAUUUCUGUUAUUCCACUUUUACAACUGGCUUUAAUGAAGCCGUAAUGAUACUUAACGCCGUAGCUGUUGUGCUAUAUGGCUUUGGAAGUGGAAUUGAUGAUUGUUUUCAAUUUUUGUUGUUACACUAUUUAAACACAUUAUUUUGACUUUUAUAAUCAUUGAAUCAAUAAAAUAAUUAUUGUAUUACUGAGAUGUAAUUGUCUCGUUUGUUGCUAAAAUUUAUAUUUCGUAAUUACGUGUUUGUAGUUCUUUAUUUUCAUUUGUUAAGCUAACUUCGUUUUUUUUAAUGUUGCAACACUGUAGAAAGUUAUUUGUUUCGCAAUCAGCUUUUUAUAAUAUUGUUACUAGUUGAAAUAGUUGUUGUUAAUCUUUGAUCAUGUAUCGAUAAUGUUUUUAAAAUGAUUUAUUUUGUAGAUGU